AUGGAAGGUUCUGCUCACCAAGAAUUCUCCGUCGAGGACCUUCCCACAAAGUCCGUUGCCUUUCAUCCUACUCUAGCAACCAUCACGCGCGAGUUUCCUGUCCGUGUCCAGCCCGGUGCUUUCGCAAUUACCAUUAACAAGAUCGACCACCAGGUCGAUCCCGAUUCCAUCCGUGUUGGAAGUCUCGGCGCUGCCAAAGUAAUAGACAUCCAGCAUGCAAACGUUCUCCGAUACUCGUCCACUUGCAAACCAUCCUCUGACAGAAAAGCCUUUGACCCAAUCAGAGACCUGGAUAAUAGAAAAGACACCAUCUUCCGCCCCUCUGAAGGGCUAUACGCCGGAUGCGGCAUCUUUAAAGCCUACCCUGGGAACGAUUCUCUAAAUCGAGAGAGGCAGCCUAUGGGUUAUGGUGGAGCUAGUGCACAAUAUCCUCGUCAGGUGGAGUACGGACCAGCGCUCUAUGGAGGGGAGGAUCCGAAUUUGUUGGAAGAAUGGAUUCAGAAACCUGCUGCGGAUAAGUCGGUCUCAGACCAUUUCUGUCAGGUAGUUGUGCAUCUGGAAGGGCAGGUGACUGCUCCUGUUUCUGCGUUGAGCUGUGGCACUUUAACUGGUGAUGAGCAGAACCAAGCUGGAAGAAAGGCUCAGAGCAAUGAAGUGAUGUUGCAAUUGAUCUAUACGGUUCCGGCGAAGUCAGAUCUCAAGCUUCACGACCUCAACAUCAAUACGCUCUUCUCAACGGCCAAGAUCAGGCUCUGUGCCCUGUUCACUAAUCUGACUUCCGAAACCUGGCGAGAUGCCCAGGUAACGCUGUCGGCCCCGCAAGCGCACAUGUCGCCUCCGGGGCAAGCUAUCCCAUCAUUGACACCAUGGGAUUUGGCAGUCAUGCUGACUAAAUCUGGGUCGUCUGUGCCCCCUUAUAUGCCAACACUGGGGAUACCAGAACCGACAUUCCCCUCCCCUGGUUACCCUGAGUUGGAUGAUUUUUUUCUGGCAUUUACAGCCGAUAACCUAGAGGAAGGGUUGGGGGCCUCGAUGAACCAUGACUUAUAUCCGCCUGAUAGCAAGGUACCCAAGUCGAUCAGCCCGGGCCAUGGCCUGAGUGUAUCGUAUGAACUACCUGGCCGGCGUGUCAUCAAGCCCUCAUCUGCGCCCCGUCGCUAUGAAAUAGCUGAGCUGGACCUCCAAGCUUCAUUCACCCAUGUGAUAGUGCCCAAAAGGCAUGCCGUAGCGUUUCUUCGUGCCAAGAUACAGAAUACUUCGCCUGUGAAUAUGCGUUCAGGUGAAGUGAGCUUAACCGUUGACGGCACCUGUUUCGGCAAGGCCAAUGUUCCAAGCUGCGUGCGCAACGAAUCCUUUGAACUCAACCUUGGAAUGGACAGAUUCAUCAAGGUGGCGUAUAAGGAACCUGGGAUAACACUUAGUAAAAUCGACGAAUUCUUGGAACUAACUAUCAGAUACUUCAAAGCAUCAUGCAAGAUCAAGAAUACUAGAGAUCAUGUAGUCAACGUCUUGGUAUUGGAUCAGGUGCCAGUUAAUGUGGACGAUCAUUUUGAUGUUGAGAUUCUGACGCCAGAGACCUUGGGGUUUCCGGGUGAUAAGGUGGAUCUCACGGAGACGGGAAAGCCGGGAACGAAGACUGCGGAACUGGGCCGUGAUGGAGAGGUUAGAUGGGAAGUGACACUUGAGCCGGAUGAGGAGAUUGAGCUCGAUUUGCGAUAUUCUAUCGAGGCGCCGUUUGAGAAAUAG